GGCCCCACGGAGCCGCCAUAGCCGCCCGCCUCCCGCGACUUAACGUCUCCGCUGCCGGCUCCGCGUCGCCGCCAUGGCCGACGUGGAAGACGGCGAGGAACCCUGCGCCCUGUCCUCUCACUCCGGGAGCGCAGGCUCAAAGUCGGGAGGCGACAAGAUGUUCUCUCUUAAAAAGUGGAACGCGGUGGCUAUGUGGAGCUGGGACGUGGAGUGCGAUACGUGCGCCAUCUGCAGGGUCCAGGUGAUGGAUGCCUGUCUUAGAUGUCAAGCUGAAAACAAACAAGAGGAUUGUGUUGUGGUCUGGGGAGAAUGUAAUCAUUCCUUUCACAACUGCUGCAUGUCCCUGUGGGUGAAACAGAACAAUCGCUGCCCUCUCUGCCAGCAGGAUUGGGUGGUCCAGAGAAUCGGCAAAUGAGAGUGGCGGAAGGCUUUCGUAGUGCAUUUAUUUGGAGCCCUGGUGGAUCUUGUUAUCAAGUGCCCUACAAAGGCCAGGACACUCCAGGGAACUAAUUCUUCAAGUAGGAGGAGAUGGCUCUGUGGUCUUUUGGUACUCAUCAGAGGCAUCGUUCGGCAUUUUGUUAGUUUUAUUUUCAGAAAUUCUCUACUAUUAAGAAGAUAAUUUAUUAAAGAUGGUCUUUCCUACCUCUGUGGUAUGUGUCACACACACUGCUUAGAAGUGCUUUAAAGGAGGAGAGAGCUACAAAUUGAAUGACUUCAUAAUUUUCUUACUGAUAUCCAAGGGCUGUGGAAGCAGUUCCAUUCGGAAGAGAACUUGUUGCAUGCUUAUAGUCGAUCGGUUAAAAAAAAAAAAGACAAUGUUACAGUAACAAAUAAAGUGCAGUUUAAAACC